AUGCUGAAUAGCUUUGAAAGUUCUACAAUUUCAUCGAAAAACUAUUACAAAGUCCUCGGUCUCAAAUAUAACGCAACCCCCAAGGAAGUUAAGGAAGCCUAUAUAGCACUCUCCAAGAAGUAUCACCCCGAUGUCGCCGGUGAUAACCCCGACUUACGUUCGAGGUUCGUCGAAAUAAAUGAAGCGUUUGCCGUUCUCGGCAAAGAGUCCACUCGAAAGGAAUACGACUUCCAAUGCAAAAUCAACCCAUUUAGCGGUAUUGAAUCGGGCUAUAAGAUGGAAUACCCGAAGCCAGAGUGCCUUGAUCCCAAGUUGGUUUCGGUCUAUGAGGAAGAAAUGCGUCGACGUUGGAACAUCAGGCUGACCGACUGGGUGAGAGGACAGGGUGAGUACGAACUUGAACGGGGACAUCACAUGAAACCAAUGCCUACCACUUUGUCCCACUCCUAUGCGACACAGGAAUUCCUCAAAUACGACAUCAUGCUGCUUGGUGGAUUCCUCAUUUUUGCUCUUGCCAUGGCCUACAUCUACCACGAUCUGAAGUCCGAUUCGCGGAGCCAGUCGUGA